AUGAAACUCCUUUCUUAUCUCCGAACCCAAGCCCUUGAAUGGUGGCAGGGUCUUCCUUUACCAGCUCUAGACAGAGACUCUUCCCCAACCUUUCAAACAUGGUCUAAAUUUGACGAGUCUUCCUGCCAAUGGGCCAUUGUCGAUUCCACAUCCACACAGGAAAAUCUAUCUGAGGAUAUUGUUCCGGCUUCAGACCCGAAACUAGUCCUCAUUACGUGGAAUGUCGAUUCCGCCGCUCCCAGACCCGAAGCACGCAUAUCUGCUGUAAUUUCGUAUAUCCAACGCGUGCAUCCGGCCGUCGACAUUUUAUUUUUCCAAGAAGUAUCCCGCCCUGCUCUUUUGGCUAUAUUGGCAAUACCUUGGAUCCGUGAGCACUGGUAUUUGAGUGACGCAGAUACAGUCAACUGCCGGACACAAUCCUUCACGAGCGUGACGCUUAUGUCGAAAUCCCGUUUCACAGAACUAAAUAGCAUCCCUAACAGGAUAUCACUAGGCCCGGUUUGGAGAGUGAAAUAUCCCAGUCACUUUGACCGAGAUGCACUUUGCUGUGACAUUCUUCUACCUUCGUCCAGUUCCAGCUUGCCGAAUUCUGUAUUACCGCAGGAGAACUGA